AUGUCCACGCUAUCUUCUCCCCGGCCAUCCAUUGCCUCUUCGCGCGCCCAUUCUCCGACCCCGGCGUCUUCCAGACCAUCUCUUGAUGCGCUGAACACUAAUGUCCCCGGCGGGCUGAGCGCCUCCUCAACGCCAUCCACCGCACGAGCAGUCUCCCCGAACCCACGCCGCAACCGUUCCGCCCUGCGCGACUAUUACAAUCUCAAGCCCCCCGGCGCUGACUCUGGCAAUCCCGGUGGAAGCUAUCGAUCUCGCAGCGUGCCGCGAAACACCGAUGCAGGUGACAUCUCCAAUCCCUCUACGCUGGCAUCAGGGACCGAGCUAGACAAUGCGGACUUCGACCCGCAACGCUACGUCGACCACCUCCUAUCUACGUCCUCCCUCUCUACGAUCCUAAAAGCUGAGAACACCUUGGUUGGAGAUAUCCGUACUCUUGAUGGUGAACGGAAAGCGCUGGUUUACGACAAUUACUCCAAGCUGAUUCGCGCUGUCGAGACAAUUGGCAAGAUGCGAAAGAGUAUGGACGAGCGCGGUGCCCCUUUGACUAUGACCAAGACUCUGGGUCCAGCUAUUGCGUUUGUUGCUGAGACUGCGAGCGGAUUGAUCAAGGAGGGCGAGGAGCAAAGGCGGCGGAUCAAAGAGGAAAGGGGGGCAAAUAACAAGGCGGAGAAAGAGACAGUGAGAUGGGUUCUUGCCGCACCGGAGCGCCUGGAGAAGCUUCUAUCAGAAGAGAAGCAGGCCGAUGCGGAGGCCGAUUGGGAGGAGGUCCAAAAAUUGCUCGACGCUUGGGGUCAGGUCAAAGGUGUUGCCGAGGUGCGGACGGCUUGCGAGAAGAUUAUGAACAAGCCCAACAACGACGACUGA